UCCAGUUUCCAGUUUCCACAAAUAAAAACCCAAUUUCCCUUCCACAAACUUGAGAAUUCAUCUUCAUUUUCAUAAUUCCACAGCCAAAAUGCAAAAGAACCACUGAAUAUCAGUGAACCUUUCCGGUGGGCUAUAAUAUUUGAUCGUCGUUUAGAACUUGGGUGCUUCUUUGAUUCCAGAACUUCCCUUAAAGUUGUUUUAGUUUGUGGAUUCAGUUAGAGAGAGAGAGAGAGAGAGAGAGAGAGAGAGAGAGAGAGAGAUUUGCAGUGGUGUUAGCUCACUGAUGUUAAUGAAACUUGGGGUGAAUUCUGGGUUCAGUGCAACAAGAAACUGUAUGUUGGCUUCCCCAGCUGUUUUUAGGAGGCAAGAGUUUUUGAUAAGGUGUCUUGGAGGUUACUCCUCUUAUCAGAAGGGAAUCCAAGGAGUGAAAUCCAUGGCUGGGCCCACUUCAGAAGCUGAUUCUGAGAACAUUUUGAGAGCAAUUACUCCAACUCUUGAUCAAAGUAAACAUAAGGGCCAAGCGGGAAAGAUAGCUGUCAUAGGUGGAUGUCGCGAAUAUACUGGUGCUCCAUAUUUUGCUGCUAUUUCAGCUUUAAAAAUUGGUGCAGAUUUGUCCCAUGUUUUCUGUACAAAAGACGCUGCUCCAGUUAUAAAAAGUUACAGCCCUGAGAUAAUUGUACAUCCAAUUUUAGAAGAAUCUUACAGUGUCGGGGACGAGGACCAAGCUUCCAUCUCGUCUAAAGUUCUUGCUGAAGUUGACAAGUGGAUGGAAAGAUUUGACUGUCUUGUAGUUGGUCCGGGGCUUGGGAGGGACCCAUUUCUUCUGGACUGUGUGAGCAGGAUCAUGAAGCACGCAAGAGAAUCUAGUGUCCCAAUUGUUGUAGAUGGGGAUGGACUCUUUCUUGUUACAAAUUGUCUUGAUCUUGUUAGCGACUAUCCCUUGGCUGUCCUGACCCCGAAUGUAAAUGAAUACAAGCGCCUAAUACAGAAAGUGUUAAAUUGUGAAGUAAAUGACGAAGACUCUCAUGGGCAAUUACUCUCUCUUGCUGAACAAAUUGGUGGUGUAACUAUCCUUCGGAAAGGAAAAUCUGACCUCAUUACUGAUGGCAAGACAGUCAAAUCAGUGAGCAUCUAUGGUUCUCCUCGACGUUGUGGCGGUCAGGGUGAUAUACUUUCUGGAAGUGUCGCAGUAUUCAUAUCUUGGGCUCGGAAACUAAGGGCGGCUCCAGAUUGGGAUACAAGCAUAAGUCCAAAGAAUCCCACGAUAUUAGGAUGCGUCGCUGGAUCGACGUUGUUGAGGAAGGCCGCUUCGCUUGCUUUCGAGGAUAAGAAAAGAUCAACCCUCACUACUGAUAUCAUUGAGUACUUGGGUAGAAGUUUGGAGGAUAUUUGUCCGGUUAAUUGACGCUGCUGUCUGUUGAGUGUUGUCUCCAUGGCCAAAAAUAAAAAAAAUAUAUAUAUAAUUUUACUUCUUCCAGUGUUCAGCUUCUCUUGUGAAAAGAAAGACUACUCUUCUUUUUUUUCUUUUUUUUUUUUUUUUUUAAGGUUUGGUUUUGAGUUGUGAAGAAUGAUUGGUUUUCGUACAAGGGUCAAUUCCCAUGAAUUACAAAUGCAAUGAUGUUUCAGAAACCAUACAAGCACAGGAGGGAGAAGCUCAAUAGUUUUCUAGAGAGCAAAUCUGAUCACAUGAAUCGAUAUCCAAAUGUGAUUUUUUUUUUUAAUUGUCGUUUUGGGUAAAAUUAAAAUACGCCUGAUGA